CAUUUUCUAAAAAUUAUUAUGAAAAAAUAAAAUUAAAUGGAGAGCGAAAAUACGCCAGAGAAAUGUACUGAAAGAAAUCACCCUCUCAAGGUAAUUCAGCACAUUGAUGCCAAGUUCAUUGCCUGCGAUCUGAGGAAUAGGGAUUUGGGCAAGUGCCGCAGCUGCCUAACACCUUUUUGCCAGAAGCCACUCAAGGUGUACCAUAAUUCCCGGAAUUACCUGGCCUGCGAUGUCACUAACUCCACAAGGUCACUUCCUGCAAAGCCUACAUCAACGAAAAAUAGAUAUCUUAAAGAACAAGAUGGUACAUCUCUGUGGCAUUGGUUGGAUGGUAAACAAUCUGUAGAUUGCAUAGCUCCUAAGUGCAAAACAUCUUCAAAAUGUUCCACACUGACCAACAAGGUUGAGAAUUGUAGGAACUCUCCAUUGCAGGAGUUUGUUAAGCCAAAAAUCCGAACAAAAGCAGUUAAACUUGCUAUACUAAGGGAAAACAAUAAGUACAGAAAACUCCACAACGCCAGUCCUUUAAAAAUGGAUGAAGAACUAUCUUCCUAUGCACAGGAGUGGGCUGAUCACCUGACUGAUCACAAUCUUCUGGAAACUCGACCUCUUCCCAUUUAUGGUGAGAGCAUAUUGUGUGUCCGUAAAUCACUUUUCUGUGUUGAUAAAAUAAUGAAACUUUGGUACCAAGAGAAGUACAAUUACGACUACUUUAAGCCAGGAUUUAAUCUAUAUACCGGACAUUUUACUCAGAUGGUUUGGCGGGAAACGGAGUUCCUGGGAGUGGGCGUGGCCUUCAAUGAUUCCCACAUAUGGAUUGUGUGCAAUUACAAUCCACCUGGUAAUGUAAAAGAUCAUUUCAAGGAGAAUGUUGUGCCAAGAAAAUUUUAUCUAAGCCAUUCCAGUCAGGAGUCCAACACGGAGAAAAUAUCAAGACCUAAAAAUGUUCGAUUAAAAAGGGAAAAGCGUAUAUAA